UUCCUGCUACAUGAACCUCCAUUCCAUGGUUACAUGUGCGGACUACAGAGAGACCAGACUCGUUGAAAACAACAGUCAUGCCUGGAAUUCUGUUGGGAGACGUGUUACCUAACUUUGAUGCAGAGACUACAAUCGGCAAGAUAAAAUUUCAUGAAUUCUUGGGAAAUUCGUGGGGUAUCUUAUUCUCGCACCCACGCGACUUCACUCCAGUGUGUACGACUGAACUAGCCCGCGCUGCGAAGCUUCACGAUGAGUUUAAGAAACGAGACGUGAAGAUGAUCGCACUGUCCAUCGACAGCGUGGAGGACCACCUCAAAUGGAGUGAGGACAUUAUGUCAUUUAACCAAGACAAAGCCUGCUAUCCCAUGCCGUUCCCCAUCAUAGCGGAUGACAAGAGGGAGUUAUCUGUCUUACUGGGGAUGCUGGACCCUGAUGAGAGAGAUAAAGACGGGUUGCCCCUCACUGCCCGUUGUGUGUUUGUGGUUGGUCCUGAUAAGAGGCUGAAGCUGUCUAUCCUCUAUCCAGCCACCACGGGGCGCAAUUUCGAUGAGAUUCUCCGCGUUAUAGACUCCCUGCAGUUAACGGCAACAAAGAAGGUGGCCACACCUGUGGACUGGAAGCCUGGUCAAGAAGUCAUGGUCAUCCCUUCUCUCUCAGAUGAAGAUGCCAACAAGCAUUUCCCAGCUGGUUUUACCCUCAAAGAGGUGCCUUCUGGGAAAAAAUACAUUCGCUACACCAAACCAUAAUGGAUAAAUUAAGUUAAAACUGUAGAAAUGGCACUUAACCGACACCAUAUUGUAGUCCACUUGAUGUGAUGCGUUCUCCCGCUUGACUUCUCCCAUCACCUGCUAUUAAACAGACGAAUCAAGAAGUUAGUUCAUAAAGUGACACAUCAUUAGGUCAUUACAUACAAUAUAAUUGUUUCGUGCCUUAAUUUCAAUAAAACUGUUCCUUUUGUAAUUUACAAAGGUUGAGUGUUUGUUCAAUAAAUAAAAUUGAAUACUUGCUAUUUAAGUAGUUGUGUAGGACCAAUGGGAUUUCACCGUCUAUGGGCUUCACAGGGACCAAUCAAAUGUUUGUUUUCCGGAGUCGUGACUGGUUCGGACGGGAGGCGGUGUGAAAUGGAUGCAUUGCAAAUGUCUUUUAACCAUAGAUCAGGUUUCAUUAUAUAGUAAGGUGUAACGUGAGAGUUCAGUAGUAUGCUUGAGAAAAAUUCACAAAGAUGAGGAAACUAAAAGUGAACUUUGACUCCAUUGA